AUCACAUGUGGAUCCAAUGCUCAUUAGCGAGUCUCCUAGUCGAAGAUACAUCACCAUCCAUCAACACCAUCGGCACCCUAUUUUGUUUGCGUGAACCUCACCAGUGUUGUUCUCGCACCAUCAUUUCGGUUAAAAAUAAAACGUGCAAUCUGCGCUACAAUGCUUGGCAUACCCUCCCACACCAAUGUGUAAUGCACACGGAUAUAUAUACUGUAUAAUUAUACCGCGAGAAGUGGGCGGCGUGGCUUAGGCGCGCAUAAUGGUUAAGUCCGACUCGGCGCAUGAUGUCAGCUGCUCAUACAGGCGCCGCUUGGAUACCGGGUCCCCGGCUUUUUUGUUAGCGCAGGGGCUCCAUAAAAGGGUUAUAAUCGUAAGAGGCGGGGCUGGUCGGGCACCACUCCACGGCUCGUUCGUUGCCGCAAGAUACAUGUCAGGUUUUUUUUUUUGUCACACCAGCUCGCAUCAACCCGACGACGCUCAGUUUAUGUCCACGCUGUGUUAGUGCUACUGGCCAACCCACCCCUCCUCCUCCUCCGCUUCCCUCCCCGCAAACAGCCACAGCCCCUAACCCAUCCCCCGAGCACCACCGCUACCACCCCCACAAUUAUUUAUUUAAUUCUCUUUUGUUUUUAUAAUAAAGUAACACAGAUCACCAGCGGUGCCCUGCGCGCUAGCCGCGGCGACGUGAGGAUGUAAUGCGCCCUGCCGCUGUGUUUACUUCUGCGUUCGUGGAGCGCAGAGAGGUUGACCCAGUGCGAGAGACACCGUCGGGUCUCCGGGACCCGUGCCCGGUCCGCGUGGAUGCGAGAUUAGCACUUUUUAUUUGAUGGCUGCACCCAGAACAUUGGACCAAGAUGCCAGUGAUGAAAGGAUUGCUUGCCCCGCAGAAUACUUUCCUGGACACGAUUGCAACGCGGUUUGAUGGGACACACAGUAACUUCGUGCUGGGCAACGCGCAGGUGCCGCAGGGGUUCCCCAUCGUCUACUGCUCGGACGGCUUCUGCGAGCUCACGGGCUUCGGCCGCACGGAGGUGAUGCAACGCAGCUGCUCGUGCUGCUUCCUGCACGGCGUCGAGACGGCGGCGCCGCUCGCGCGCCAGGUGGAGCGCGCCCUGGACGCGCAGCUCGAGUUCAAGACCGAGAUCGUCUUCUACAAGAAGGACGGUUCCCAGUUCUGGUGCCUGCUGGACAUCGUGCCCAUCCGCAAUGAGAAGCGAGAGGUAGUGCUUUUCCUCGCCUCCUUCAAGGACAUCUCGGACACCAAGCGAGGGCCGGCGCAGGAUGGCGUCAAGGAGGCCGAGGAGAGACCGCGGCAAAAGGGGCAGACUGGCUCCGGUUUCAACACGAGCCGACGACGCAGCCGCGCCGUGCUCUACCACCUGUCGGGGCACCUGCAGCGGCAGGACAACAGCAAACUGAAGCUCAAAAACAACGUCUUUGGUCCGGAGAAGUCGGCGCUGCCCGAGUACAAGGUGGCAGCGGCGCAGCGCUCGCGCUUUAUCCUGCUGCACUACGGCACGUUCAAGGCCGGCUGGGACUGGCUCAUCCUGCUGGCAACCUUCUACGUGGCCGUGACGGUGCCCUACAACGUGUGCUUCCUGAACUCGGAUGAACAGUGCAAGUCGUCGCGCAGCACCAUGGUCAGCGACAUCACCAGCGAGAUCCUCUUCAUCAUCGACAUCGUCCUGAACUUCCGCACGACGUAUGUGAGUGGCUCGGGCCAGGUGGUGUACGAUGGGCGCUCCAUCUGCCUGCACUACGUCACAACGUGGUUCCCCAUCGACCUCAUCGCCGCCCUGCCGUUCGACCUCCUGUGCGCGUUCAAAAUCGCCGUGACAUCGUUUGUGCACCUGCUGAAGACGGUGCGGCUGCUGCGUCUCCUGCGGCUGCUCCAGAAGCUGGACCGCUACUCGCAGUACAGCGCCGUGGUGCUCGCUAUGCUCAUGUGCAUGUUCGCGCUGCUAGCGCACUGGAUGGCGUGCAUCUGGUACAUCAUCGGCUUCGAGGAGAUGAAGUCCACCGACUUGGUGACGCACCAUAUUGGAUGGCUGCAGGAGCUGCAGAGGCGGCUGGUAGCUCCACACUACCCCAACAUAACGCAGGGCAUGCCUCCGAUCCGCAGCGCCUACAUCACCUCGCUCUACUUCACACUCAGCAGCAUCACCAGCGUGGGCUUUGGAAACGUGUCGGCCAACACGGACGGCGAGAAGAUCUUCUCCAUCUGUGCCAUGCUCAUCGGAGCGCUGAUGCACGCGGUCGUGUUCGGCAACGUGACGGCCAUCAUCCAGCGGAUGUACUCGCGCCGCUCGCUCUACCUCACGCGAACUAGGGACCUCAAGGAGUUCAUUCGCAUCCACCGCCUGCCGCACCAGCUCAAGCAGCGCAUGCUCGAGUACUUCCAGACGACGUGGUCCGUCAACAACGGCAUCGACACCAAUGAGCUCCUCAAGGACUUCCCGGACGAGCUGCGCGCCGACGUGACUAUGCACCUCAACAAGGAGAUGCUGCAGCUGCCGCUGUUCGAGUCGGCGAGCCGCGGGUGCCUGCGCUCGCUCUCGCUCAACGUGAAGACGACGUUCUGCGCGCCGGGCGAGUACCUCAUCCGGCAGGGCGACGCGCUGCAGGCCUUCUUCUUCAUUCUCUCGGGCUCCAUGGAGGCGCUCAAGGACGGCACGGUGCUCGCCAUCCUGGGGAAGGGCGACCUCAUCGGCUGCGAUCUCCCUUCCCCGGCGUGCGUGAUCAAGAGCAACGCGGACGUGAAGGCGCUCACCUACUGCGACCUGCAGUGCAUCAACCUGCGCGGCCUGGACGAGGUGCUGCAGCUCUACCCGGAGUACGCGAGCCGCUUCCACGGAGACAUCGCGCACGAGCUCACGUACAACAUGCGGGAGGGAUCCAGCACCCAGCACUUGUCCGACAGCAACGGAGACCUCAUCAACAGACUGCCGUCAAUCCAGGAGGACGAGGAGGAGGAGGAGGACAACGACGAGGACGAGUCCGACGAAGUGACACCGCUCUCGUCCAACGUCAUCAACACCUCGCGGUCGCAGCUCCCGACGCCCUCCACGCCGCCGCGCAGGCGGACCGCGACCGCCGCUACCACCGCCACCGCCGCCACCACCGCACCGCCCCUCUACCACUGGGCCACGUCGUCGCCCCCGCCGCCGCCGCCGAGCGUCUACGCCAAGCCGGCGAAGGGAGCCACGCGCCGCCCGGGCAACGCGGCGCUGAGCAACGGGAAGCCGCGCUCGGGCGCCGGAGCGGUGGCCCGGGGUUCCGGCCUCCCCGGCGUCGCGCCCGGGUCGCCGCGGCUUGGCGCGGGCGAGACGGCGUCAGGCGGCCGUAGCCGGCGCCCUCCGCCGCACGGUCUGCCGCGCCUUCAGCCGCUGAGCCCCAGGGUCGUGGUUGGGGUUGAAGGCGGAGCGGUGUUUGAUUUUGUGCACGUCAUCCACGCAGACCUCACGACUCCUCCAGCAGAGAAGGAGGGGACCUCGCGGAGCGGAGAGCCGAUGGAGGUGGAUGACACCUGGAGAGGCAUAUGUCACCUUAAUCAGCAGAUGUCAAGUCUGUCGCAAGAGGUGUCACGGUUGGGCAAUGAUCUCCAAGCCCUCAUGGAGAUGCUGAAACCCCUCGUGCCCCACGGGAACCAGCUGAGCCCCCUUCCAUCGCACCCCUCGCUUCCCUGGGACCCGGCCCUGAAUCCCCUGUGCAGAGGAGACCAGGACUGCACACCAGUCCUCAAGCAGUCUCUGCCAUCGUACCAUCCUGGCGUCAACAACGAGGAGGCCAAAGCACCGGGCUAUUCGGCGCAGCAGGCUCCACCGAAGUUCGUCUCUCCUCCGUCGAGUCCUCGGGAUUUUGUGGAGGACCUUGGCGGUGGAAUCGUUCGUCAGAACGAUGGAACUGACACGAGGUGUUCUGACUAUCUCGUGAGAACAUCCCAAACCGUAUCAAGCGUAGACUCGUUGUGCGACGAAGAGGAGGCUCACCGUAGCGAGGAGUCUGUGGAUUUCUUGUGCUCAGCAGAAGCCGCCCAAAGUUUUGCUCCAGAAUCUCUGAGGCAGCUGUAUAUUGCAGACAUUUCCCCGGAAUUGAGUCCCCUGAACGUAGACGAAACGUGUCUAAACAUGACUGAAUCAGAAAUGCAGAGUGUUCCUGAGAAGGAGGUCAUCUCCAUGCGUGUUAUUAGAGGAUCCGACGGACACCAAGUGAUUGAAAUAAUCGACUUUGCAGAAGACGAAGGAACGAACGUCUGAGCGAGUCGCCGUUCCGCAGUGCUUGUGGCGUCGUCUCAUCUUUGACAGUCGAAACGAACUAGCGCCCUUACAGCUGUCAAUAAUCGUAAGAAAGGUGACCAAAGAGAGGAAAAUGAAUGUUGUGUUUGUUUACAAAAAUGUCAUCGCCCCCGUGCGAAUCGCCGGUUGCUUUGGAAACAUGCCGCUUGCCGUUGGCUGCAGGAAUUGUGUCCCAGGUGUCGUUUUAAAACCUGUGUCAUCAACACGGAAAAAUACCUAACCCCUAUAAGUCAUAAGCAUUCAUAGCAAUUAUGACAUACCUUUGCAUUAUAGACGAACGUAUUUUUCCCCCCUGUUUCUAAAUUAUUUUCCAUUUUUUGGAAAAGUAUAACAGUGGGAAUUGCUUCUUUGUACUGACAACAAAGUUUUUGUUUUUCUGUUUUACAUUCUUUAGACUUUAAAGAUGUGAAGAAAGAAAACAUUUUCAGCGACCGAUUUUGUAGACACCUUGAUUUAAUAAACUUAACACUUUGCGAUUAAUAUCCCAUAUUCAUCCAGCCAGUCGCUGAAAAAAUACGGGUCAAAUGAUUGAUCUCUCCUCACAACGAUUCGAUUAAUUGUCAUGGUCGCGAUUCGAUUCGAUUCAAGAACCAAUCCCGUGAUUUUUGUUGACAUUGCACUGGAUGGUAGGGCCCCGCGUAGUUGCAGGGUGUGAUUGAACCCCAUUACAGACAACAUACCAAACAUCGACUCCUACUCAUGCGGUUUGACGCAGGUAACGGGGCUUUAAGAACAGAUAUUAUUCGACGAACUAAUUAAAUAAAAUAUUAUUGUCAGCCCUUUGUCAAUCCACUGAAAGCCCAGUAAAUGAAUACCAGUGCUGAUUUGUUUGUGUGUUAAGGCAGAGAAGCACUUUAGACCAAUAAGGAUUCAAAGCUCUGGAUUUUUCGUUGUUGUUCAACAACUUUGACAAAACAUCAUUGAAAGAUAUUUUUUGAUUAAUUACAUCUGAAACAGCUACACAUUUUCUCGGAACAGAAACGUGUAUUUAUUCAAAGCAUUUGAACUGCUUAAAUGGAAUGUAAGGCAUGUUUGUGCGUGAGUGUACAUAUUAUACAGUAUUUUUUGUAUUAAUGGGAACCGCUGUUGUGUAGGCUGCACAAUGCCAUGCUGUACAGACUUUGCACUGAGAAAAGCACUGAGAUAACGUCGUAGAAUGAACAAAAGUUGUUACGGUUUGAUUAAUUUAAACAACAGAAAAAAACUGAAAAAAAUGCAUGAUGCAUUGUAAGUAUAUAAUUUUUUUGCAUGAUGUCAGACAACCAGUAAUAUUAAGCCAGCAUGCCUUUUCAAUUGUAUAUGUCUUGAAUGUAUAUUAUUUCCUUGCAGCAAUGCUUCAGAAGACUGAUUCAUGUUUUUUUUUUUAUCUUGGUGCCCGUUUUCUGUGCAGGGGAUGUUUUGUGUUCUGUGGCGGUUUGUAUGGGGCAGUCAACUGCGCCUCGGGAUUUAUUUAUUUAUUUAUAAGUGUAAUUGCAGAAGACAUGAACAGGUAAUACAAAACAAUGUAUUAGGGUGCAAUAGAAGGGGGAAAAACUAAUUGGGGAGCAAUAGAUCAGUGGUCUGUGCCCUGAGUGUGCUGUAACCUCGUAGACCUGAGUUAGAUUUCUGGCUACAGCUAAACGUCAGUGGUGAUGUCUGAACUGGUCCUGGGUCGCCUCCUCUCUUUAAACAAAACUACACUGUCCAAAGUGGUGAAGUACGGUCAAAAACCCCCCGAUGAUGAAAGUUCUGACCUUUCAUUUGAGGACCAUGGCCACGACAAGGCAUCUUAGAGAUUGCUCUGUAGUAUCCGCUUCUGUGGACUCUUCGCCAACUUUAAGGGUCGCACAACUCCGUUCGAGCUAUCAUUUGUGAACAGGUCGCUCCUGACAAAGAGCUAUAUAGUUCGGUGGGGCUUACCUGCUAAAAUAAAAAGUUAGAAUAGUUAGAUAUCUAAAUAGAUGCUUCGUUUCACGACAUGCUGCCGUGACCAUAAUUGAGAUACAAUUGGGAGCUAAUGACAAAAAGUUACGUUUUAAAAACCCACGGCUUGGCGAGGCCUUCAUCCAGCAGUAGAUUGACAAAGGCCUGUGGAUUCUAAAAACAAAGUGGAGACUGAUUCACGCAACAGUGGGCGCUGAGCCAUUGCAAAACCUGUUCUCCUAGGCAAGCUGCAUGCGAUAUUGGGAUGGAGAAAAAAAUCCUGGGGGGGGGGGUGGGGGGGAGCUCACUCCCUCCCUAAAUGGGUGCCACGGCACACCGCGGAUUGUUGUCUUGCGACUUGACCGGUAACGACUGCGGAGUGCAGUGGUGGUUCCUCUUCUUAACCUGGGGUGCACGAAACCUCCUGGAGGUGGUCAUAUGCCCUUUCUGGGAGUGCGAGACAUGGCCAGAUUUAUUGUUUUUAAAGGUAAAUCAUCAGAACACAAAUUAAACACGGGCACGUAAGUACAACGACUUUGUUUCAUCAAACCCCUAUGAAUUUAUUAACAUUACACUUUUUUUUUUAAUGAUUGAGAACCAAAGGGGUGCAAGGCUGCAAUGAAGGUUAACAAUCACUGUCGUAAUGCAUUGAAGCAAUGUUCGUUUCUUGCGUCUAUCUUUCUCCACUCCACCACCAAGUGUUCAGUUGCUGCCUUCAUCGAAUCCUCCACGAUCUGUCCGGUGCGCAACGCUGAGGGUUUUUAACAUUCGCGCAAAACACUCGUGUCAAUAUUUGAGUACAGGGAGUAGGAGCCGUCCCGUCUUGCUCGUCACAUGCUAAAGCUAACAACAACAUGUGCUGUUAACGUAAUGCAUGGCAGUCAAUGGUAAAUCAAUGGGGAUAUGUCUGUCGGUUUUGAGUGGUGUGAACCCCCCUGCUGUUUAGGAAUGAACAUCAAUUUACGUUACGUGCUGGGCCAUCAUGCCAUGUCUACAGCCUAAGAGAAAAUGUUUAAUGAAAUUAUGAUAUUCUUAUGCAAUGUAUAUUAAACUUUUAGAAUGUUUUGCUAGUUAAAAGCAUUUAUGAAUGAAUUUUGAUUGAUAAAAAAAGCCGCAGGAUAUUUUCGGUAUGCAUGCACGUGUACGCAUUCUUUAAACAACAAAAGGGAUGUAUUUCAUUUAUGAUUGAGCAUUUGUUACUUUUUGAAGUUUCGUUUAAGUUUUCAUGAACUAAAUAUGCACAGUUGGGUGGGAUUGAUAAUAAAAAAUACACUCGCAAAUUAUUUUGAACUAACCAUGCGCUCUUUACGCGAUAGCUAACAAUGCUCUUUGAAAAAUGCCCGAUGUAUUUGACUGACCGAGGUGCACUGAAAUGACUGCUGAAUUAAUUGUAAUUUUACGUGUCCUAUAACUGUUUAUCAUGCUUUGGAUUGUUUUUAUUUUAUUUUAUACUGCAAUUCCAUAUUCAAUGUAAGUUUCACUUUGCUCCUAAUAAAUUAUUUUAUUGUCAUAGCUCCUCUUACAGUGUUUCAAAAUUAUAUCUUGCAUCCGAAGCUUAUUUAU